AGAAUUAGGUACGCAAAUGUGUACACAGUCCUAAAUCUCUGAAAUGGGGAACGAGAACUCGACUCUGUCUGGGGAGGAGGAGCUCCGCCAUGACGGUAGAGACGACGGCACCAUCGAGGGCGGCGAAUGCUACGGUUUCCGCGUGCUGGGCAUCCAGGAACAGUCACCGGCGUCUACCGUGGGCUUUGUGAGCUUCUUUGACUUCAUCCUCGAGGCGAAUGGCAUCCGACUCGACACGAAAGAUGCAACGCUCAUGGAGCUCAUCGCGCAGAGUGAAGAUCGCCCCAUGCAGCUAAAAGUGUUCAACGUCAAGGCGCAAACCACGCGGGAGCUGCAGCUCACGCCUAGUCGCAAGUGGCCCGGAAAAGGCUUGCUAGGCGUCACUAUCCGGUUCGACUCGUACGAAGGAGCUGAGGACCAACUGCUGCACGUACUUAAUGUGGCUGAAUCGUCGCCGGCUGAGCGUGCGGGGCUUCGGGCAGAUUCAGACUAUCUGCUAGGCACACCUGGGCGUGUUUUCGCGGAUGCGGAGGACCUGCAUGAUGAGAUCCUGGACGCUCUGGAUGGGUCCUUCCAGUGCUAUGUGUACAACUCGCUUGAGGAUCAAGUGCGUAUCGUGUCGAUCGUUCCGACCGAGCGAUGGGGAGGUGACGGUGUCCUAGGAGCUGAAGUCGGUCAUGGAUAUUUACAUCGACUGCCGUCGGUAUGCCGAGGUACAAUCGGCUCGUCCGUGGGCUUCGUCAAUCUCCCAAAAGAUGCCAAGGCUGCCACUGAUGCGUUCUGUAAGAUAAAUUCAUGUGUUGUUGGAGACGUGGGAUCUAAUAUUCAUGGUGAUGUGACGUUGUGUUUUGUAGUGAAGCCCCAGCGACACAGUGAGAAUAGUCCAGCUACUAGCAGAGAACAGGAGAAUCAAGAUGAAGAAGUGGGCACAGGCACGCAGUCGAGUUCAGCGGCACAGGAUACCUCCCAAGCAGGUGCGACUCAGCUGAAAUCUGGCGAGCGAUUCGAUCAGGAAGGGGGUGAUGCAGACUCAUCUUCUGAAGCUACUAGAAAGGCUGCAGAAGAAGUUGCCCCACCAGCGAAACCUCGAUACACAGCGCGAUUGGAUCACCAGUUCCCCAUCUCGACCGUCGCUGUGCUUGCUGAUCCGUGAAAAGUUCAAAGUACCGAAACAAAAUUGGAAGUCAAGUUGGAAAUAUUUCGUUAUACUUGCAGGGUCCGUGUGGUUGCCUUUGAAUGCAUACAGGCAGCAACAAUGACAAGGUGUAGUGGUGCAGAGGUACGUGUUGUAUGUGUAAGUAUUACUGCCUUAAAGGGUGUCAUGUGGACUUGUAUCUAUCUCUUCUGGUGGUUGAUGAAGCGCAGCGACAGCAGAGAAAGGAGGCGAAUACCCACGAUGAACGCGAGGACGAUGCCGAAGUUGCGCCAGAUUUCGUCGUGCUUGUACUCGAACACGGACUCGACGUAUUCCUUGAUGGUGAUGUGGUCGAUGCUCACAGGCGGAUUUGUCAUGGGCUGGCAGCCAAGAUCACCACCGACGUUCACGUACUGCUGUGUGGCCGUGUCGUAGGUGGGGAGAUCGUCGCAUUUGCUGAACACGAGGGCAGCAAGGAUGGCAAGCGAGUAGCGCUGAGGAGUGAUCGUGUAAAGCCACUUGUAACCGGACGGAAUGGCGUUGGCCGGCGGGUUGAAACCCAUGAAGAGGAAGAGAAUCGAGUUGAGCAUGACACCCAACAGAGCAGCAACCUCCACACUCGGCAGCGCGUACACUAGCAGUUGACCGAGAUAAGUCUGCAGCAGAACCAGGAACGACGUGUUGAUCCAGUAGAGAACAGCAGUCCAGAACCCGGAAAAGCCCACCAACCAGUAGAAGAUGACCGUGUACAACAGCAUUGAACCGAAGACGUAGGGAACCUCAGCCACGGUAGAACCC